AUGAAUAAUGCCGGGCCUGGCUCUGCUGAGAAGCUUCGGGCCUCGGGGGGCCUGGCCGGGGUAGCCCUGCUCACAGCCCUCUGGCUCCUGUGGCUGCUCUGGUGGGCCCCUGAGAGGGUCCCGACGCCCCAGCGCACACUCACCAUCUUGGUCUGGCACUGGCCCUUUGCCAGCCGGCCCCCGGAGCUGCCCAGCAACACCUGUGCCAGCUACGGCGUGGCCCAUUGCUGCCUGAGCACCAACCGCAGCCUGCUGGCCAGCGCCGACGCCGUGGUCUUCCACCACCGGGAGCUGCAGAGCCGGCGGGCCCGCCUGCCCCUGGCCGAGCGGCCGCCUGGGCAGCCCUGGGUGUGGGCUUCCAUGGAGUCACCCAGCCACACUCGCGGCCUCGACCGCCUUCAGGGUGUGUUCAACUGGGUGCUGAGCUACCGGCGUGACUCGGACAUCUUCGUGCCCUACGGCCUCCUGGAGCCCCGCGAGGGGCCCGUGCCCCCCCUGCCCGCCAAGAAUGGGGUGGCCGCCUGGGUGGUCAGCAACUUCCAGACGAAGCAGCGGCGGGUGCAGCUGUACCGGCAGCUGGCGCCCCACCUGCAGGUGGACGUGUUUGGCCGAGCCAACAGGCGGCCGCUGUGCAUGGACUGCCUGCUGCCCACCGUGGCCCGGUACCUCUUCUACCUGGCCUUCGAGAACUCGCAGCACCCGGACUACAUCACGGAGAAGUUCUGGCGCAACGCCCUGGCGGCCGGCGCCGUACCUGUGGUGCUGGGGCCGCCCCGGGCCACCUACGAGGCCUUCGCGCCGCCAGACGCCUUUGUGCACGUGGACGACUUCGGCUCGGCCCACGAGCUGGCUGCCUUCCUCUUGGGCAUGAACGAAAGCCAAUAUCGGGGCUACUUCCACUGGCGAAAACGGUUCCGUGUGCGGCUGGUCAGUGACUGGAGGGAGCGCUUCUGUGCCAUCUGCUCCCGCUACCCCCACCUGCCCCGUAACCAGGUCUACCAGGACCUCCAGGGCUGGUUCCAGGCCUGA